GAGAGGAGAAGAGCAAGAGAAGAGAAGAGAAGACGAGAGAAGGAGAGAGAGAGAAGGAGAGAGGGGGAGAAUGUAUGGUGAAAGGGUAGCGCUUCCUUGCUGUUUUCCAGGGCCUUAGUGAAUGAACCAUGGGAUGCAUCGGCUCCAGAACCCUCACAGCAGAUGGGCUCCCUGUGCAAAAGGAUGGAGAGCAGCAUGGCCAAACAGACUUUUCAUGGGAUGGAAUCAAUCUCUCCAUGGAAGACACCACGUCCAUUUUGCCUCGGCUGAAGAAGAGGCACUCCAAUGCGUAUGGGAUCGGUGCUCUGGCUAAUGCGUCUCUAUCAGGUGUGUCAGGGGUGUCCCGGUCCAUGAAGGACAAGGUGACGAAGCCGACAGCGAUGGCGCAGGGCAAGGUGGCGCACAUGAUCGAGUGGCAGAACUGGGGCAUGCAGACGGUGGGGCCGGGCGGCACGUAUGGCGUACGCGCCUCUUCCCUGCACAUGCAGCAGGAACGCAAGAUGGAGAAUGACGCCUACAGCGACCUGAGCGACGGAGAGAAGGAGGCCCGCAUGGCCGCAGGAGUCCUGCAGCAGUUUGCCAUCUCCGAGGCGACGCUCCUGGCGUGGACGUCGAUGGAUGAAAGCAUGAGUGCAGGCUCCAAUCAGGGCAGUGUGGCCCACCUGAGCGAGGCCAAUCAGGAGAGCAUCACUAGUAGAGAUCAGAUCCUGCACCACUCCUCUGCAGAAGUGUGGCCCCAUACGUACGUAUCGCAAGGCCACUACUGCAUCUCCUCCUCGGACGCCUGGGAGCCAAUCAGCAACGAGCCCUCUGGCAUGGCCUCGCCCGCUGCUGGCUCGUACGUGAUGGGGGGCGGGGCUUCCAGUGAGGGAGGCUAUGAGGGCAACGCUGCUGCUACCCACUUCCUGUCACAGCAGCAGCAGCAGCAGCAGCAACUUGCCCUGCAGCAGAGUCAGCAGAUCUGCCAGCAGAUCCAGCAGCUGCAGCAGUUACAACACUACCAGCAACAACAGCUGCUACAGUACCAGUCCCUAGAACAGAGGCUACACAGCACCUCUCACUCACUGCAAGCCACGCCCAACAGCACCAUCCAUAGCUUGCAGCCGCCCACACACCACCCGCCACUGGUGGACUUAUGGGGGGCGGGCCAUAUGGAGGCCUAUCAGUCAGAGGUGGGAGGGUUUGUGGGUGUGGCCACCGCCUCAGAGGGCGGCCUAAACGUGCCGACUGCAGAGGACAUAGUGAAAGAGCACUCGCCUUUGCUGGAGACGCAAGAGGAGGAAGAGGUCAAGGAAGAGGAAGUAACGUCGUGCUUGGAGCCUGAGUCAGUCACUCUUAGCCCCUCCCCUGCGCACAGAACCCCGCCCACUGGAGGCAGCAGCCCAGCACACGCCGCGCACGGGACUCCGCCCACCGGCGGCAGUAGUCCAGGACAGGUCACGGAGCGCAAAGCCUCUGAUGUCACCCCUUCUGUCAUCGAAAUGCUGGAGGAGAAACAGCAAGAGAUGGAGGGGUCAUCAGCCACGCCCAUAAGCACCAAUUGACUAACAGGUGUGAAUGGAGGACUUUUAGAGGGAUGUAUCCAGUUACCAACCAACUAACCCUUUGAUUUUCAGGUAUUACACACUUUGGUCUUGGAAACGGAGACAUGGCAUCAUGGACUUUAAAGUGGCAGGUUGAUGGAGCUAAUACGAAAAGAAAUAUGAAUUGAAUUGUUUUUUUAAUUGUUUUCUUAGUUUUUUUCUUCUAUCCCUAAAUAACUCCAUGGGGCUGAAGGGAAGAGUCAACUGGAAGAGAGAAUGCGAGAGAAAGAGAGAGAGAGAGUUAUAAAAUGACUGAGGUCUUGCAUGCUUUUAAUUGGGAAGUGACUGUAAUCUCACGUCGUAUGAAAUAUUAACGGUAUCUAGUAAUAAGAUAUGUCAGAAACAAUAAUAAUUUUCUACUAAAGCAAAAAACUACAAAAACAUAUAUAUAAAUAUAUACAACUGUAAGAUACAUGAACCAUAAGAAGACAUCAGAUUUAUUUCUCUCCCCCAGGUCAAAUAAUCUUAUGAAAAUGUAAGAGAUUGAAAUCAGGCAUAGAAUUAAAGGCCAAUUCCCACCUAACAAAAAUAAUAAACAAAAGUAAUGACCCCAUCCUUUUAUGCUCUCUGUGAGGAUAAACAGAUGUGCGUGUACUUUCUUUAAAACAGACACAUAAUCUGUGUCUGUGUAUGCUCUGGGAUUCUUCACUGAGUUUUACAGAUGCCUUGGAUAUCCUGUUAUACAUCAAUAUUAAUAAGUCUUUAUUUUAAUAGAUUUAAUUUGAUGCUACUUCAAUACACAGGGGUCCCUUUUCUUUUAGAAAAAUAAAAUAUGUGGUCCCUCUCUCCUGGUUGUCACUAAACCAAGCAUAAGGUUUGAAAUAAAACGGCAGAACCCUUGACGAAGGAACACACACACAAAUCCACAUAAACACUGCUGCACAGUAUUGCAUUGUAUCCUCGAGUGCUUCCUAUUCUGUCUUGUGGUAUGCAUGCGGUCUGCUCGUGUCUCAUGGUGUGCUAAGAACACUGUAUAGAGUUUUGCACUGAAUCCCAGGAUGAGUGAGCUGAGAUUCUCUGGCAGGAAGUCGUAUAGAUUAAAAUAGGCAGAAAACAGGCUUACCUUUGCACUCAAUAUGGCCGCCAGAGCUGAGUUGCCUCAAAACGAACACUCACAUAAAAUGCAUUGUCAGGAUAGAGGAGGGGUGUUCUAAAGAAUGACCUGGAGAGCUUACAGAAUGUUUCAGAGACAGAUUUCAGUGACAGUGGAAUUCUUAUAAGAGAUUAUUAUAGUUUAACAUACAGUACAUAUGUAUUCACGGUAUGUCUUGAAGACGGCCUGGUGACUCUGGUCUUUCAGGAAUAGUGCAUCAACUGGAACAAUAUGGUGGAGAUCACCAUGACUUCAAUAGGAGGAAAUGUCACAACAGACAUGCUUUUGAGCCUGUGAUUCCAGGCUUCAGCUCAUCCAUGGUCACCUGGCCACACCUGGCCGCACCUGGACCCAUGUAAAUACAAAUCCCAUUCACAUUUUCAGCCACAGGACUAAUUCAUUUAUUUUUGUACUAACCAACUAAAUCUCAAAUUCCUUUUUUGGAGCAUACGAGUUGUUUUCCCUGGACCACCAGCUAAUGGGUUUAUUUCACAGCGGCACUGUUCUGGAGGUGGGGAUGUACACUGGGGCGAACAUGGGACAUGUAAAUAUCACAAUGCUUGGAAUGGACAACACUGGAAUAUCUGUGCGGCUUUGAGCGCCCCUCAGAGUGGACCUGGGGGUGCGGGUGGACUGAUCUCGGUACAGGACGUCCCGCGACCUUGUGUACAACUCAGGCCAAGUGACUCAGAAGUGAGUAGAUGUCUUCCUGUUUCGCAUGUGCAAGUGUGUUGCGGGGAGCGUGUGCGUUUGCAGUGGACAAGGAAAGAUCGCUUUAGGGCACCCAGACAAAUCUGCAUGAGUCACGGAUGAUCAUGAGAUUGUGAUUCUUUAAUUGGAGACGAUUUUCUUUUCACCUUUUUGAUGAUUGUGUGUACAAUUCUGAGGGGGAGAAAAACAAACAAAUAAUGCUUAUAAUAACCUACUUCUGAGGUUUAUUGACUUCGAUGAAUUUAUUUAUUGAUUGAUUAUUUAUGCAAUGUUGGGACAAUGUUUAUUUUUCUACGGAAUUGUAGGUUCCCCUCCUCCUGUUUGUUGGAGUGCAUAUUGUUGGUCACACAGUAGUCAUGGCAACGGCUCGAGGCCCAGUUCUAUUUCCUGUCUCUGCUUCUGAUCACAUUUUCCCUGAGCCGCCACCUAGGGCUGCUACUCCUCACGAGCAUUGUAAUCAUGACUUCACUUCCUGUGAGACUUGCUGCGGAGUCAUGGUAACAGGUUGUGCCAUUGUCCACCAAUCAGCUCUCUUCAGACUGUCCACAAAGGUAAAAAAAAAGAAAAUAACAUCCACAAAAUGUAAUAAAUAGUUUAUAAUGCUCUGAUGGAGCCACUUGGUCAGGAAGCCAGGUAAAGCGUGGUCUUUAGUUGCACAUUGGACUUCUCUGUCUUGACUUGAGGCCAGGGUUGAGCUGAAAGAGACCUGUUGCCAAUGAUAUGUGUUCGUUUAUUGAUUUCAGAAUUCUUUGGAGGAGGGAAAACUUGAAGCCUGUACAAACUUUACUCUUUUAGUGGUGUAGGUAGCCUUCCCCUGAAGCUAUAUCAUCCCCUAUUCACUGCUGCGGUGCCCCCCCCUCCCAUUCUUCCCCUCUGAGAGGGAUGAGAGAGAAGGGAGAGGUGGAGAAACAGAACUCUGGUAAAUGACUGAUGGUCUUGAAUUGAAGUUGGUUAAAGUGCACCAAAUACUGUCUUUGCCACUGAAUUAAUUACGGGGAGAUGCAGCUUCAGCGCACAGGCUUUUUAUUGCUUUCUAUGUCAGAUAAGAGAUGUUAUGAAUGAACUUAAUAAUGAGAAGCCAAAUGUAUUUCCUUGGAUGUUACUGUUUAUGGAUUAUGUGUUUACAGUUUUAGCCACUUGAUUUCAGACUGGGUUUUUCUGUCUGUUGCUUUUUUUGUAUGAUUUAACUGGCGUGUUUCAAUAGCAAACCAUCCACAUGUAUGUCUCUAUGACUACUUUCAGUUGUCUUUCUUUCUUUUCUUAAUUUUUCUCUUGUGUUCUCUUGCUCUUUCUUAAACUCUCACUCUAAUCUCUUGUCGUCCAUGUAUGUCCCUUUCCCGUCCCCUUUGUGGCUGUUUAUUUGUUUGUCUGUCUAAUGUUUGUUUGUCUCUGUCUUUGUCACUGUGUGAUCCACCCUUGGUGGAAAAACAAAUUACGCCCAGAACAACUUCUUGGAUUUGUUUUUGUACACAAAUCAGGCAUGAACAUGCCUAAGAAGGUUCAUACAUUUUAAAUAGAUGUGUUUUGGAAAUGUGCCGUAUCAGCAAACCUGAACUUAAUUUUUUUGCGGGUGAAUUGAUUUGAAUAUAUCUGUGAGUGGAAUAUUGUUUUCUGUGGCACCCUUACCUACCUAUGCAUGCUAGUCUGAAGCUUGUCAAAAAGAUGGUCCCUCCAGUGUGGUUUCACUCCUUUGUCUUUCUCUCUCUCUCUCUCUUUCACUUUUCCUUCUCUUUUCCCUGCACGAGAAACCACCUCCAUCCCCUGACCUGACUCCCAAAUCAUCCCCUUCCCAAAUGAAAAUAAACAUACAAAUGACUAUG